AUGUUCAUGACCUGUUGCCGAAGCCUGCGGAAGUUGGAGCUUCUUGAUGAAGAGAUGAGCUUCUUGUCAGACGAUGACUCCGAGGACUUUGAGAUCUCUCGGCCAAGAGAAAGGCAGAUCUCCAUAGAGUAUGACCCAGACAAUGAUGACUACCAGAUGCAAGUGAAGCCGGAAUUGCCAGAAGCACUUGCCCUCACAGAGACGCAGCUCAUCAAGAAGCAAAUCACUCAGCUCCAAAGCAGGAUGGACCAAGGAGGCGAUGCAUUGAUCAUGAAUCACUACCACAAGGUGAAGAAGGAAUUGCAGCUCCAGCUGGAGCGGCACAAAGUCAAGACGAUAGACGAACAAGUCUCGUGGUCACGGCUUUCUACAUGCGGCAGUGGCACCGACUUCUCAUCGCCCUCCCCGACCGAAUCAGGGAAGGAAUCCGACCCAGUGGCGCUGAAAUCACUACCUAACACAUGCCCGAGUGAUUGA